AUGGGAACGACGACCUACCACACCAACGACCCGGAAAUCUCGCGUCACGUCCUUCGUGAGGGCGACAUGUUUACCAAGAUCACCUCCGAGCCCGCGCAUCCGCUCUUCUACAUGAGCGACCAGAGCGCGCUGUUCACCUGCGACACCGACUCGCCCGCCUUCUCCGUCAGCCACAAGUUCGUUCCGCCCGCCAUGUCGCCGCGCGCCCAUCUGGGAAUAUUUGGCCUGAUUGUUAUUAACGCUGAUCUAAAUAUUGUUAGAUGGACCGGACAUUCCCUGCAUGUGCGAAGCAUGCGCUAA